AUGAAAAUAUCCGAACCACCGAGCACUUUAUAUGCAGAUCGACUUGCCCCGAGAUCUUCGACGGAGUUAGCCGUACAUGCGAAAAAACUUACAGAGGUUACGCGUAAUUACGUUUUAUUAAUAUUCACUGCCAAAGUCGGAAGUGCGGAAAACGGGUGCAAAAAGGGAGUGACUGCAAAAUGACCGCUAAAAGGGUCCCUUUUUACGGCCUUUAUUGAGCCUUUCAUUUUUGGUGGGCUAAAAAGAGUCAUAAAAGGGCGAAAAAAAGGGUGAGGCCGCAAAAAGGGUGAAGAAAGGGUGAGGGUGCAAAAAGGGUUCUGAAAGUUUCUGCUAUUGAUUUUUUUACGAUUUUAUUACUGUAGCAUAUUUUUGGUUCAUAUACAGUCACUUUUUAAAGACUAGUCUUGAUUUAUUUAUUUAACAAAAAGGGUCCAAAAAGGGCGGAUGAAGGCCGAUGAAAGGACGCAAAAAGGCAGUAAAAAGGAAACCUUUGCCACCCGUUUAGGAACAAUUAAUGGAAACAGACGGAUCCGUAACGGACUCCCAAAGGGCCCGUGAAGGGUCCUUCCGACUUUGCCUAUGUUUUGGUGUGUUCGUUGGAAAACAGAACAUGAUUCAGAACGCAAAACUGUGUCUAUUGGCACUCCUAAAUUUAUACAAGAUAUUUAUUUAGUUACGUAAUUAUCUUCUUUCAACUUGUUUCCAUCGAAAGUUGGGAAGCGUUUUGUUACUCACGGGGAACUCUGGUACAGGUUUUUUUAAAUUGCUAUUUCAUAACGCUCCUAUUUUUUUUUAAAGGGAAAUCGACAGCUUUGACUAUACUUUGCCGAGAGUUGAGAAUUGAAGUUUUACAGUUUGAGCAAGAAAUCACGUAUGAAUUUGAAGAUGUUCAAACAUGUGUAUGUCAUUCAUAAUUUUUUCUAAUGCAUCUAUUCUAGUCUACAUCAGGCGUCAUCUCAUUGUAUCGAUUCUUGAGAAACUCUUCCAAAAGUUUCCAAAAACGAAGAAGUCGGCUACUAUUGAUCGAAUCACUUCCCGAAGACGUUUAUAAGUAAGGUUUCAUUCUUAAUCGAUCACUUUUUCUUCCAGAAACGUCACUCAUGUUCGAGACGAGCUGUCUUCUAUCUUUUGUUCGUCUUCAAUUCCUAUCGUCUUCUGCUUGAGCGAAAUAGAUUCAUGUUGGGACAUAUCUUAUCGCAAGCUUUUUUCGUCUACUUACAUUCUAGUAUGUGGUAUAAUCUAUGGGGUGGUAUGAGUGCCUCUUUCAGGAAAACAACAUUAACUCGAUUCAUUUCAAUCCAGUUGCUCCAACAUACAUGAAAAAGGCGUUACAAAGAGCUGAGCGCAUUUUAAACCGAGAGGUAACUCUGAGAAUUUUUCAAAGUUGAAUUGAAUUCAGCAAGCCGACGGUCUUCUGAAUAAUCUGAUCGAAUCCGCGAACGGAGACAUUCGGAACGCCGUCAACAUGCUUCAGAUGGCUUCGACGACCACUAGUAAAGGAGUCGACGGCUGUAUGUAUCGAACCAAUCGCGACGAGGUUUGGCCAAUUUCCAUUCUUUUCAGAAAUUUCAUUUGUGUUUGCAGAUGCUGCACAUGCUUGGCCGGAUUCUGCACGCCAAGAGACUUCCUACUGAGAAAAAUCAGUCUUCGGACUCUCGUCCCCCUUUGGAACGGGAUGUGAACGAAGUCGUUGACAUGUCCAACGUCACAACUUCCACGGUGUGUUUUUUUUAUUGUUUCAGCUGUGCAAUUUUUCUUUUGAUAUUCAAUUAAGAAAGUACUAGAUUCUGAUCAAAAACGUGUGAGGCUUGCUUUCAAAUUUUCAAUAAUCGAAGUAUAAGUUGAGUAAAAUUAUGUUCCUUGUUUGCAAUGCAAGCUGAAAAAAAUAUCAAAUUAAAAAAAGGUUUUUCUCAGUUUUGAAUCAAUAGAGAGACCACAGCUAUAAUGUACUUUCUUUCAACUCAAAAAAAUAUGCAAAUUUUUUCAUCAGAAAAUUAAUCAACCUUGGAUAGGAUAAAAUCAUAUUUUCAGCUUCUUUCGUACCUCCACGAGCACGAGUUGAGCUUCUGCGACAACCUGAAAUCCGUGCGAAGAGUUUUCGACGACCUGUCUCUGUGCGACGCUUUGGGAGCUCGUUGGGAGGUGCGCGGUCGCCUUCCAAUCGAAUGUUUUUCGCAGUUCGUCGCUCGCUCCAUCAUGUAUCACAACUUCAGAACGGAAAGUAGGGUGCGAAACGUUUCUUCAGAGCUUUUUGGCUUUUCAGAAAAGUGUCGGAUGUUCGCUCUGACGCGGCCAAAAAACAUGGAUUUGGUCAAGGAGGUGGAAGUUUUCCAGAAAGAACUGCUCAAGGAUUCUGUUAUUGGCGAUUCUCAGAUGGCUACUGUGUGAGAUCAUUUUGAAGCGAAAACUGUUUCGGUACUCAAAAUAGUUCAGUUCAUAUGAAACGCCGAGAAUACUUCUUCGUGGCUCAAAAAAGAAAAGACUCAAGAAGAGGGAAAGUUUCCCCUCAACUGACCGCCUUUCACACAUCGUAUACAUCCCUAUCGAAAGAUUCAUAGUUGCUAAAAAUAACUUAUCAGUUUUAUUCAUUAAGAAGCGUCCCGUUCACUCGAGUGAUCAGGAAAGACGCGCAGCCCCUGCCUCUCCAGUACUUGGCUCGGAACUUUUCUCACUCAUGGACUCAAGGAUUCGAUGAGUGGACGAAAACAUCGAAUUUAAAAUCGGUCAGUCUUUUUAUGAAUUACAUUGAAAUGAUGGGUCAUGGAAUUUUUCAAAAUCAGUUUUUUGAAUUUCGAUAUUAUCUUUUCAGCGGUCUCAAAAUAAAUUCAAGAAGAAGCAAAUUUCUACGGAAAGCGAAGAUGAGGAAAAUGUGGUUAUUGAAGACUCGGAUGACUGCGACAGUUUCGACGAAAUGUGA